UUGUAUAUUUUUCCCCCUAUAAAUUUAUUACGUCAAGGUGCGGUAAUUAAUAUCGAUAUUAGGCCGUUAACGUAUUUCGGUACAUUGUUGCAAUAGUCAUACUUAUUUUACAAUACUUUACGAGGGCAUCGUAAAGUAGAUAGCAAUAUCACUGUAUUGAAAAAUUGCGGAAUUUAAGGUUUCGAAAAAUCGUUCGCUUGAUCGAGCGAUAAAAUGGCGUGGCGAUUACUACUUUGUGUACGUAAUACACGUGUAAAACCUCGAAAAAUGGGGAAUUACUCAUCCCUGCUCUAAUCCGCUUUGUUUGCGCCGUUCCGCCGCGCGCCCCGAGUGUCGUAGAGAUAAAUCUAACCUCAAAUUAGUCCGAAUUUCUCGCGGUAUUUCACGGUGGUAAACAAGUGUCAUUGAUGGGUCGAUGCUUAAUCGUGAAUAACUUAUCGAAAUAAUGUCAGAAAUAUUGCUGUUUAAUAAUUGUUAGCACAGCUGGAAUACGCGAAUUAAAGAGCCAAUCAUUUAUUGGCCAUUAUUUAGUAUGUGGGAAUAAAUAUCACAAUAGUGAGAUAGGUGCUCUUAGAGGUGUGGCACUGGAUAUUAGUUAGCACAGAGGAUGAGCACCGAGGAGAGAUUUGUGACGGAAGUUCCAAGCAGUUUAAAACAAUUAGCACGACUGGUGGUUCGUGGAUUUUACACUAUAGAAGAUGCUUUGAUCAUCGACAUGUUAGUUAGGAAUCCUUGUAUGAAGGAAGAUGAUAUAUGUGAAUUAUUGAAGUUUGAACGAAAAAUGUUACGAGCAAGGAUAUCUAUAUUGCGCAAUGACAAGUUUAUACAAGUAAGGUUGAAGAUGGAAACUGGUUCUGAUGGAAAAGCACAAAAAGUUAAUUAUUACUUCAUUAAUUAUAAGACAUUUGUAAAUGUGGUGAAGUACAAGUUAGAUUUAAUGAGGAAGCGAUUAGAGACAGAGGAACGCGAUGCAACCAGCAGAGCCAGUUUCAAGUGCACUCAAUGUUUAAAGACAUUUACCGAUCUUGAAGCAGAUCAACUGUUCGACAUACUAACCGGUGAAUUUAGGUGUACAUAUUGUCGAGAAAUCGUAGAAGAGGAUCAGUCAGCUCUUCCAAAGAAAGAUUCUAGAUUAUUGUUGGCAAAAUUCAAUGAACAAUUAGAACCAUUGUACAUUCUCUUGCGGGAAGUCGAAGGCAUCAAGUUAGCUCCAGAAAUACUUGAACCAGAGCCUGUGGACAUUAAUACGAUUAAGGGAAUCGAUGCAAAGAAAGCAAGUGGCUUGCGAGCACCUGGUGAGCAAUGGUCCGGAGAAGCUACAAGAUCUUCAGGCUUCAUGGUCGAGGAUACCAGAGUGGAUGUUACUAUCGGUGACGAAUCUGCAAAUGAUAAUGCUCUGAACCGUCGAAAGGAGAGACCAAUCUGGAUGAUGGAGAGUACCGUGCUCAAUUCCGAUGGAUCACAGCCCGACGGUGUCAAUACACAAGAGAGCAUAUUAGACAAAGCUGCUGCUACUGCCACAAAUGUAAACACUGUGACGAACAACAAACAGGGUGAAGACAUUAUGUCCGUACUCUUGGCACAUGAAAAGAAAGGUGCCAAUGCUGCCAAUGCCGUAAAGUCUGUCAUACCCCAAGAAUCAAGCGACAGUAGUGACAAUGAAGAUAUUUCGGAAAUGCAAGCUGCCGACACAGGUGAAGUUGAAAUGAUGGAAUCCGAGGACGAGGAUCUUGUGCCCACGGUCAGUGUCGGUGGGAAAACUGUUGCUAUCACUGAUGUGAAUGAUACCCUAAUUUCAGAAAUGUCACCUGCGGAAAAGGAGGCUUAUAUUCAAACGUAUCAGGAAUACUAUUCGCAUAUGUACGACUAG